AGAAUGGAUUAAUCCAAACAAUGAUUUAACAUUAUUUUAUAAUAUUACAAGAGCAAACGCAGCAGUUGUAGUAUUGGCUAGGAAUUCAGAGUUAUACCAGUUAUUGGGAGCAAUGAGAGAAUUGGAAGAUAGAUGGAAUAAAAAAUACAAUUAUCCAUAUGUAUUCCUAAAUGAUCACAUGUGGAGUUAUCCUUCAUGGAUAAAUCAGACAAAAGCAGCUGAAAGUCGAGCAGAAAUGGAGGCAAAUAGUAUAAUAUAUGGUGGAUCAGAAUCAUAUCGACACAUGUGCAGAUUCAAUUCAGGGUUUUUCUUUCAACAUCCACUUUUAUUACCUUUUGAUUAUUAUUGGAGAUUAGAGCCAUCUGUUAAUUUUAUGUGCGAUAUCGAUUAUGAUCCAUUUUUAUUUAUGCAAAAGAACAAAUUAGUUUACGGAUUUACUAUUAGUUUGCUGGAAUAUCAAUCUACCAUUCCUACACUUUGGGAUGCCGUAAAACAGUUUAUAAAAGAAUAUCCACAUCAUAUUAGUGAGAACAAUACAAUGAAGUUUAUUAGUAAUGAUCAUGGAUCAACUUACAAUUUAUGUCACUUUUGGAGUAACUUUGAAAUUGGUGAUUUAAAUUUUUGGAGAACCAACCAAUAUCAAGAUUUCUUUAAUUACUUAGACAAGUCAGGAGGAUUUUUCUAUGAACGUUGGGGAGAUGCACCUGUCCAUUCAAUUGCUGUAGCACUAUUUGCUCAAAAAUCACAAGUUCAUUUUUUCAAUGAUAUAGCAUAUUAUCAUGCACCAUUUCAACAUUGUCCAACGGAAAAAGAAUAUCAUGAUAGUGGAAGAUGUCAUUGUGAUCCGGAGCAAAACUUUGGUAUAGUCUUAUUAAUUUAA